CGAUGGGAACAACAUUGAAAACGCCAUGUUACAGUAUUACGAAAUUUCAAGUUGUAAGGGAGACUGAAUAAACUCUGUUAUUCCAAAUGUAUGGAGCAAUUUGGGAAGUGAGUUUCUCUUCACAGGAAACAAUACAAAGCUCGGCAGAAUGCAAAACACGAGGCUGCAGAAGAAAGUAAAAUAUCUGAAUGCCAGACAACUGCUUCAGGUAGUCUGCUGCGAUUGGACUGCAACCAUGUAGCUACGUUUUAAGUUAUGAAUUCACAAGAAUAUGCCAUUUGCAGAUGGACACUUUGAAAAGUAGCACGUAGGUUGUGAGGUGAACUCUCCGUGCGGGGAGAGCAGAGACAGGACAGAGAGAGGUUUAUUUGCGCUCCUGGUUCCGUCCACGCUGUUUGCAGCUUCCGCCACUCCAACCAAACAUGGUAAGACUACGGAGGAAGGCUUGCAUCGCUCUGUUUCUCUUUACGCUGUUCGUCUUUGGGACCAUGAUGGGGCUAAGGACCCUGAAGCCCAGUGACGGCUUCUCGGAUUUGGCUCCGGGCUUGGAUAUCCUGCCGAUGAUAAGGGGGAAGGUGGACCGGCGCUCCGUGUCCCGUGAUGCCACCGCGUCCCCGGGUCAAGCCCGCCCGGCUGGCAGCAACACCAAAGCAAUUUUGUCCAACUCCGGCCCACAGGGGACCAUAUUUUACGAUGUUCACAUAUUUUACUACAUCUGGUACGGCAACCCACACAUGGACGGCAAAUACAUUCAUUGGGACCACAUCCUGGUCCCACACUGGGACCCCAAAAUCGCGUCCAGCUACCCGAGAGGGAGACACAUCCCGCCCGAGGACAUCGGCUCCAGUUUCUACCCCGAACUCAAUCCGUACAGCUCGAGGGACCCGGACGUGUUGGAAUCCCACAUGGAGCAGAUCGGAGCAUCUGCAGCAGGGGUUCUGGUCCUGUCCUGGUAUCCUCCUGGUAUGGCUGACGACAAUGGGGAACCCACAGAGGAUUUGGUACCUGCCAUACUGGAUGCUGCAUAUAGGCACAACCUCAAGGUUGCAUUUCACAUCCAAACAUACAGGGGGCGAAACGACCAGAGUGUGCAUGAAAACAUCAAGUACAUCAUUGACAGGUACGGUGACCACGGAGCCUUCUACAAGUUUACAUCCAGCACUGGAAAGAGCCUUCCUCUAUUCUACAUCUACGACUCCUACCUAACUCCACCAGAGUCCUGGUCUGAAUUUUUGACUCCCACUGGCUCCCACAGUGUGCGCGGCUCAGCCUAUGACUCCAUCUUCAUUGCCUUGAUUGUGGAGGAGCGCCACAAACACGACAUCCUGGCAAGUGGCUUUGACGGCAUGUACACUUAUUUUGCUUCCAAUGGUUUCUCCUUCGGCUCUUCUCACCAGAACUGGAAAGCCAUCAAAGCUUUUUGUGACGGCAACAAUCUCCUCUUCAUCCCCAGCGUUGGACCUGGUUAUAUUGACACCAGCAUCCGACCGUGGAACAACCACAACAUGCGUAACAGGGUGAACGGUCGCUACUAUGAGACGGCCCUGCAGGCGGCGCUGAAUGUGAGGCCAGAGAUUGUCACCAUCACAUCUUUUAAUGAAUGGCACGAGGGGACACAGAUAGAGAAGGCUGUGCCUAAAAAAACAGUGACCCGUGUGUACUUGGACUAUCAGCCACAUGGACCAGAUCACUACCUGGAGUUGACCCGCCGCUGGGCGGAGCAGUUUAACAAAGAGAAGGAGCAGUGGCUGAUGUGAGCUUUCAUCAAACUGACUUGAAUCAGCAUGCUCUAUGGAAGCGUGUGUACACAUGAAAGAGGACACAAGAGAGCAAAUCUAGAUCUGAGUUUCUGCAAGCGUGCGUGCGUGUAUUUGUGCACACAUCCUGAUCUGAAAGAAUCUAACAGAAUGAGACACUAAUGUUGAUCUUCCCUGUACCCCGGUUCAGAGUUUGUCAAAAUGGUGAUGCCAUGGAGUUUUAAAAGCAACAAGAAAGGGUUAAGCAUGCAAGUGACGAGCUUUUAUUGCAGAAAGACGAAAAGAUUGAUACCACUUUUACAUCUGUACAUUAUAUAUGAAGCCGCAGCCAGCUUCUUAUUUAAUGUUAGCUUAAGAAGUUAUGUUUUUACGAGGGGCUAUAUGGAAUAUUUGUUGGCCAGGUUAAAGGACGUUCUCGAAUCUCCGCUGAUUGCUGGCAACCUUAUUGUUACAAUAUUCUUAACUGAAUCACCACAAGAAAGUGAAGUAUAUUUCCCAGUAUGUCAGACUAUUGCUUUUAGGAGUUUUAUUUCAAAUCAUACUAAAAUAUUUCAGUAGAUUCAUAUAAUUUCAAAUGUUCCUAAUUCUGACAAAGAAGCUUCACAAGUUCAAAUCCUCUUUAAGAAACUAAAAAGUAUAUUAGUUGGUAUGUAAAAAUAAAACACCUUUAUGUAUUUAUAGAUUUAUAGCAUGCAGAUUAUCACUGCUCCUCUCCACUGUAUUAACCAACAAAGAUGCGCAUUGUCCAAGUAUGUCAAUUUAUUUGGCAGGCAAAGCAAGUCAGACAGGCCGUUUGAAGAGCAGUUACACUAAACUUGGCCAUAAGGUUGUAAAUGGAAGUCAGAAUUGUGCUUAAGUGUUCCUAAUAUUCACAGACCUAUGUGAUAAUCAGAUUUUUUUGUGUAAUUCCCUUUAUGGAAAGAAGCCAUGUUCAUUGUGUGCACACAUUACCUUCUUUCACUAAGUGAAAACAAGAGAAUCAAAGGUUGAAAGUGUUAAGGCUCAUUGUUUUGAAGUGGUUAUAUGAAUAAAAAGGAUUGACUGAGGCACUUUGCUAAGUGGAUUCACGUGAUUUAUUUUCGAUAAAAUCUUCCUGUCUACUAAAGUAAAAAGGUACUUUUAGAAAGGCAAUUUUGAGAUCUUUCAUUAGAUUUUGGCUGUGAAGGACACUUUUUUUCAACACUUACAAUCUCAUUCUUGCUUUUACACUUCAUAAAGAAUCAAUCGAGUAAAGUCCAGACACUUACAAAUACAGAGACCUAUGUCUCAUAUCUUCUUGGCAUGAAU